GCCGCCGCCGCCUUCUCCGGCUCCGCCGCGGGGGUCGCAGCGGCCGCCGCGCCGCCCUCGAGGUCCCAGCGUGAGGAGGCGGCGGGCGGAGAGAAGCAUCGCGCUCGAGGCAGAGACCCAGAGGGAGCCCCGCGCGCGGCCUCGCUCAUUGCUAUGGACAGUGCUAUCACCCUGUGGCAGUUCCUCCUUCAGCUCCUGCAGGAGCCUCAGAACAAGCACAUGAUCAGCUGGACCUCUAAUGAUGGGGAGUUCAAGCUUUUGCAGGCAGAAGAGGUGGCUCGUCUCUGGGGGAUUCGGAAGAACAAGCCUAAUAUGAAUUACGACAAACUCAGCCGAGCCCUCAGAUACUAUUAUGUAAAGAAUAUCAUUAAAAAAGUGAAUGGUCAGAAGUUUGUGUACAAGUUUGUGUCGUACCCAGAGAUUUUGAAAAUGGACCCCCUGACCGUGGGCCGGGCUGAGGGAGACUGCGAAGCCCUGAGCUGCGGCGAGGUGGGCGGCGGCGCCAGGGACCCCGAGAGUGGGGGCCGGGAGAAGCCCCCCCAGCCCGGCGCCAGGGCCUCCAGCCGCAACGACUAUAUACACUCCGGCUUGUAUUCUUCCUUCACUCUCAACUCUUUGAACUCCUCCAACAAGAAGCUUUUCAAACCCAUAAAGAUUGAGAGUCCAGCUGAGAAGCUGGCAGAGAAGAAGCCGCCUCCGGAGCCAACUCCGUCUGUCAUCAGAUUCGUAACGACCCCUUCCAAAAAGCUGCCGGGUGAACCUCUUGCUGCCGCCACGUCCCUCGGCCCCAGCAUCUCUCCAUCUUCAGAAGAAACCCUCCAGGCAUUGGAGACUUUGGCUUCCCCCAAACUGCCUUCCCUGGAAGCCCCGGCCUCUGCAGCCAGUGUCACCGCCGCGUUCGCCGCCCCCCCCAUUUCCUCCGCUUCCCCCUCUGUGCCGGAGCCCCCCAGGACCCCCACGCCGCCGCUGAGUCCUAAUCCCGAGGUUGACACGGACAUCGAUUCCGUGGCUUCGCAGCCCAUGGAGCUUCCAGAGAAUUUGUCACUAGAGCCUAAAGACCAGGAUGCGGCCUUGCUGGAAAAGGACAAAACAAGCAAUUCUUCAAGAUCCAAGAAACCCAAAGGGUUAGAGCUGGCGCCCAUCCUCGUGAUCACCGGUAGUGACCCAAGUCCACUGGGAAUACUGAGCCCCUCUCUCCCCACAGCUUCUCUUACACCAGCGCUUUUCUCACAGACUCCCAUCUUACUGACGCCGAGCCCCCUGCUAUCCAGCAUCCACUUCUGGAGUACUCUUAGCCCUGUUGCUCCCCUGAGUCCAGCCAGACUGCAAGGUGCUAACACACUUUUCCAGUUUCCUUCUGUACUGAACAGUCAUGGACCGUUCACUGUGUCUGGCCUGGAUGGACCACCCACCCCUGGCCCAUUUUCCCCAGAUCUACAGAAAACAUAACCUAUGCACUUACGGAAUGAGAGAACCAAGAAAUAAAGAAAGAGACAUUCAACAUGAUUACAUUGAAAGUGAGCGGUUAAUAGUUCUACAAUGCUAGUAAUAGACUAUUGUGAUUUUUGCCAUUCCCCAUUGAAAUGCCUUUUUAAGAUUCCCUUUGAAUAUGACUCAAGUUGGACUGUAUAUAAAAAUGCCUUAAUUGGAGUCCAAACUCCACCUCCCUCUUCCUUCCUACCUUCACUCCUUCCUUCCUUCCUUUCUAAGUAUUUUGAGCUUCAUGUUAAAGAAAUUUUUGGUGGGGUUUUGCAGCCAGCUAUGCUUUGCAAGAGCAGUUAAGAACAAAGUUAGUCCUUCUGCCUUAUUCAGACCCUUUGGCCAGGAAAACAGUCCUGCUUGGAGCAUAUUAUUUGAAGAAAUGUUAAAUGCAGUGGCCAUAUCUUCAGGACCAAGUGUGUUCUGUGGAAUAAUGAAAAGUGAGCUGUGUAUAAGCAGUGAAGGAAAAGGAGUCAUUCCUAUUUACACAAAGUAAGAUUGGAGCAAUAUUACUAGAUUCUCUUUUGCUGUGAACCGUAACAUAGGUAAGCAACUCCACAAAAAGGCAUCUUAUUUACCUUUAUCACGGUGGAUCUCUUAGCUGUCUGUGUGAUCUUGUCUGAACCUGUGAAUGGAGCAUGGAGCCUAGUCUGUUUCAACAUAGGAAGAUUUUUUAAACCUGGGGUUUAAGACAGUGUUUGCAACAAGCAGUGAAUAGGGGACCUCAUCUCCAGCACAGAAGUGCCGUCUGCUCUCUGGGCUACUGCCUAGAUUAUACCCCCAUGGUACACAGCAUGGUAAGUGAUAGCUUUUAGGAUGAAUCUGGUUUUGAAGUCUGGAGGCAUCUCUGAGUAAAACAUUCAACUGAAUGACUUGAAACAACAUGUGGGGCUUUCCCAGUUAGAAGAGACUUUUUCUUUUCUGUUCGUUUUACCCUGUUUUCCACCGCAUACUUACCUUCUUUUAAAUUUAAGGUUGUUAGUGGUUGUGACUGUUUUAAAGAUGUAAUUAGGAAAAUGAAAAGCAAAGUGAAACCUCCAAAUCUACGGUGAGGUAAAGAUGUGCUUAUUUCUUUGAAAAAAAAUUUUUUUUUAAAUUAGCAACAGAAUUUGUUUGGAAGUGCUCAUACACAGGGAUUGGAUUGUUCACAUCAGUAGUGAGAAAUGUAGGCCUUCAUCUCUUCAUCACGUUUAUAAAAUAUUAUCAUAUGGUAAUCAGUGGUAGAUACCGACGGAUUUGUGAUUGAUAGCAACGUCACAGUGGAAUCUUCUGAAAAACUUGGUUUUUAGAGUCUAGGAUUAGAUUAUAUACCACCACCACAACACUGCCCAUUUAUCUUACCUUUUAACUCUAGAAACAUUUCUAUAAUCAAGUCACAUAAACUAAAUGGAAUGAAGGAGUAAGGAUCUGAGGGCUCAAAAUGACACCGAGACAAACCAGCUUCUUUUAGAUGUAGAAUACUCACUUUAAGUAUGUUUCUGUACAGUGUAGAGAAGCUGUAGCAUGAGACAUCCAUGCUAGGUUAGUAGCCUUGGAGGAACAAUAUUCAGGGAGCUGUCUUUAUGUUUGUAGUGUUGGAGACCUGUUAACGGUUCAUUUGUGGUUAUCAGCUGAGAAAUCUGUUGUUGAGGUGCGCAGUAGCAGUGAUGAGGGCAGUGUUCCAUAGUGAUGGGGAACGGAUGAUGGCCCUUGUCUCCCACACUGUGUCAUUUACUUCGCAUGCUUGUUUGAAAUCAGACCUCUCAGCAGCAUUUUGGGAUAGUUUUAUUAGGUUAAUGAAUAUUUUGUACUUCAAAUGUAAGUAUCGAUGGCUUGAUUUAACUAGAUAUUUAAAAUUUUGAAAGCACAAAAGUAUUUUAUCUUUUUGAAGUAAAGGAGCAAAGCCAUUGGUUGUUUUCAUAGACAAUAUCUUUGAAGAUUAACUGUCUCAGCACAGGUGCCUAGGGACCAAGGACACCAUUAAAACUCAGUACUGGCAACUUCCUAGGAACCAGUGUUACCGAGUCCUCUGUCUGUAAACCUACCCUGGAAGCCUCCAAGAGGUGUGGGCUUCAGGAUAUUGAUGAUCUGCUUUCUCUUCGAGAUCAAUUGACAUUGAGACGUGUGCUCUGUGUGUGUGUGUGUGUGUAUGUAUUUACUUUUUUAAAUGAAAGUUUACAACCUUAGCUCAAGUGUAUGAGGCAGACCGUUCUGUUUGUAAACUACCUCUUUCCUGGAAAAGUCUCAGCUUCAUGUUUUUGGAACAUCCAGAGUUGUUCUUAGCAUCAAAAGGUGACAUACCACUUAAGAUCAAUAUUCACUGGAGACUUCUGUUUGCUAUUAGCUGUUAUCUAUCACGAAUCACUUUGCCAGGAUGACUGCUGGUGGGUAAAAGCAAUCUAAGUUAAGGUAAGGGAGCGGUUGAAUGAGUUUUUGAGACAUCUGUGAUUGUCUUAGUUUUUCAUCUGCUCUGGCUCAUAUCUACUUGUUUGUAUGUUGGGGAAUGUUUAACAACCAGGCUCUCUGAAGGGGAAAAAAAAAAGUCCUCAAAUUGUAGGAUUUGCUGAUUUCCAUGAUGUAAAUGACCAACCCUCCCACCGCACCUGAUUAUAAGCCACUUCCUUAGAGUUGAGAAGGAACGAACACAGGGCCGCACACUCAGCCGGCAGCUGCCACAUUCUUCCAUCCUAGGGUGGAUCUUCACAUAAUUUCUAAAAUAAUUUUUUUCUUGUUCAUAUGCUGAUUUUUUAAGAUACAAAAUUAAAAUCACAUGUCUAGCCUCAGUAAUUUUUUUUUAAUGGUUUGUCAGUGCUUUUGUGAUGUGAUACUCCUCAUGGUGUAUUUUGUGUGUUCUAACAAAGGUAGAAACUUCCAUUAAUUAAAAAAAAAAAACACAUCCAUAGGGGAAUAAUCCAUAAAUCCUUAAAAAGUCAACAUAAGCUUUGGGGGUUAAAAUAUAGUUUUAAUUUUUCCACAUUUUGAUGGCUAAAAUAUGAGUAUAAAUUUUUUCUUCAGAUUUUGAUGGGAAAAGUAAGCCCAUGAGCCUGUGUAUACAUAAACAUAUGUAUAUAUGGUGAAAGGGUACUGGAUUUUUAUUAACUGGAAGAAUUCCUUGAUAAUAUACACACUGUAUUAGAGAUCCAAAAAGUCAAGUCUGAAAAAAACAAACCAAAAAGUCAAGUCUGUUGAAUCUAUUCACCUGGCACAAUUUCUAGUUUUCUUCAUACUGUGUGUCACUCAGGCUUGGAGGGGAAAGGACAUCAGAGGUUUGGGAGGCAGUGGCCGCCACAGCAGGCUGUUGGUAGUACCCCUGCAGGCCCAUUCGUAGCUGGCAUUUGUGAGGUCUGGCCUUAAUAACCUUGUUUCAUUCUGAUCUCAGAAUGUGUGUCAGGACUAUGAAGUUCUAAAGGCAAUGUUGUGUGUUCCUAGGGAGCAUAAGCACCUGGAAGCACCCACUGGCAUUUUAGAAAAGCAGUCUCCAGCCUUUCUGAACACACACCUUACUCAGAAGUUUUUCAGCACCAGUUUCCUAUUGUAAAAUCAUACAUGUAUAAAUUAAGUUGUAAACCAUGUGUGAAAGUCCUUCAUACAUUAUAAGACAUACACAGAAAUAGGAAUUAAGAAUGAUAUAAAAAGGAAAUCUUGACUGGAAGUUCUGUCUUUUCUUCUUGGCCCAGGGCACUGUCUUGUGCACCCUCUGGCAGCAUGGCCUCUCUACCUUAAAGACCACUGACUCAGGAUACUGUUUAUGGUCUGAUCUUGAAAACAAAAUGUGGAUGCUUUUGUUAUAACAUUUAGAAAAUUCCUUUACAUGUUUGAUCUGAUUUUCAUGUAAAAUCUCUAGAAGUUCAGUUUGGAAAUUUUCAGGAAAGGUUGUCUUCAACUUCCUGAAAUUCUAUAUUUAAAAAAAAAAAAAGAUUUUAUUUAUUUAUUCAUGAGAGACACACAGAGGCAGGACCCAGGCAGAGGGAGAAGCAGACUCCUCACAGGGAACCCGAUGUGGAACUUGAUCCCUGGACCUGGGAUCACACCCUGAGCCAAAGGCAGAUGCUCAACCACUGAGCCACCCAGGCGUCCCUAUUAAUUCUUUUUCCCAUUACCCAAAUGUUUGCCAGAGGUUUGUGCAUAUUAUUUUUGACAGCCUACUGUCUCUUUUCUCUCCGAAUUAGGUAUGACCCUAUAAUUGACUUUUAUUUUGCUACUCUGCUUAUAAACUUCUUUUGGCCUUAUUAAUGUUAUAUUUUACCAACAAAUUCUGAAUUAAGUUGCUUUAUCCUAAAAUAUAUAACCACCUUUGUUUUCUUGCUGUAUUUAUAAGUUUUGAUUUUUUAUUUGUUGGAACAUUUCAGCAUCUGAAGAAAUACUUUCCUUGGUGGGUCAGUGCUACUUACCACUUCACUUACUUGUAUGUAUUUUAGUUAUCCAUGCCAGAAAUCUAGAAUUGUGCUCAGGUGCCGCUCUCAGGUGUGUAGACCAGUGUGGAGACAAGUGCAGGUAUCUCGGUGCAGAAACGUGGAGCUCUGAAUGAAUCACCAAACCAAUGGGAAAGUGAAAAACACUAGUCACCAUGUUAUCUGAGGGAAUGAUAGAACAUGUUAUUUCUAAGUGGAGCUUAGAAGUUAAUUGUUCGCCCCACAGUAGGGAAAUGGAGGUCAACAUUAAUUAUCUUUCUUUAGCAGGUACCCUGACCAGAGAAUGGGCUCUAUGGAAAACAUUUUACUAAUUAUCUUCUUGGUUUGGGGUCAAAAAAUAAUUGUUACUGUUUUUAAUGCUGCAGGCAUAACCUGAAACAAGGUGCCCUGUUAUUCCUCUUAGGUCAUCAGAAUUCUGCUUACUGAAGUUUAAGUUUUAAUCUUAGAAUCUAGAAUUCUUGUGGGCGGUAGUGUAUUAAGCAAGAAAAGAAGGCGGUUUGAUUUCAUUUCUCGUACUUGGUGGAACCUGUUAGCACAAAAGUCAUGUUUUGACCUGUAAACAGAGCAGUCUGAAAGGUGAGUUGUUGAUGUGGUUUAAAUGUUCCAUUUGAAGCUGCCAGUUUCUUCAGGCUUUUCUGAAAAAAAAAAAAAAAAAAAAAUUGUGAUAGAUAGAGAGCCUGCCAGAAAAUGGCAGUCGCUGGGAUACUGCCAUUUAUCCUGAAAGCUGGAAGCCCGGAGUGGCUUGUGUGAGUGGGGAAGUGUUGGCUUUCAGGCUUUCUGCAGAAACCAGGACAUUCAAGCCUUUGUUAACAUCAUUUUAAAUGAAUCGCCUAACAAAACUCAUGAGGGAUACAACCAAACAUAGUAAGACUCUUGAACUCUGUUUUUUUUUUUUUUUUUUUUUUAGUAUAAUACACAUCAGAAAGUUUUGUAAGGUUUAAAAUUUUAAGUAUGUAAUUGGGAGACUAGAGCAUUACCUUCCAAGUCAUUCUGGUGUAUCAGCUGAGUACCUGUAUAUGUGUGGCUAUGCUGAUGUACUGAGUGUGUGCAUGUGUGUGAGUGUGUGUGUGUAAAUAGAUCUUUCAGAGGGAACAUACAGUUUUCAUCCUCUAGGAUGGCUCAUAGACUAUUUGAUACUAAAACUUAAAAAAAAAAAUUGGCCGCACUUUGCAGUUGCCACUUUUAAAAAAUUAAUGCCUUGCACAUUUCAUUUUUUUAAAUCCCUGGAAGCAUAAACCUGAAAGACUAAGUUGCUUGCCACCAUUUUAGAACUAGAAGGCUGCACAUGACACGUGCUUGAACAAAGCCGUGUUGACUUGCUCUCCCAUACAUACAUCCCUGCGCAAGUGAGGAGUUCAUUUCCUAACAUUUCUACACUUGCACUUUUGUGUAAAAUCCUCAUUAUGUUGAGGUCUAACUUUCAGAGACAGAGUUUUAUACUAAGAGUAGUAUUUCUAAAGUACAGAUUUGGCCGUGAAUUGAUGAAAUGGUGGGGGAGUUCUGGCACUGUAGCCUAGUUUAUCCUUCUAAAUUGUACAUAAGAAGCAUUAGCAGAAACCUCAGAAUCUUCUCAGCUUUGCCUUGUUUCCCAUCUCAUAAGGGCCCAUUCUGACUCUUGUCCCUCUUAAGGAUUAUGAGCCGUGCUAGGACAGGCCUGGGAUCUUCUGGACAGGGGUGAUUGUGCCCUGUGGCCGGGCCAGAGUUCUAGCCAGUAGAAUCACUCAAGUAUGCCUAGAAUAGAGUUCAGGGGUGGGAAUGCCACAGACUGGUAUUAAAUCACUUGGCACUUUUGGGGGGCACCAUUAUUAGCACUGUUUUGUUAUUAAUAACUGGAAGCACUUAAUGAUUAUUUUGUUUAAUUUUGACCUAAGGCUAUUGAGGGUCAGAGAAGUAAUGUUUAUUUCUCGUUUAUGUUUUCUGGAAUUAAGACUCUUUGGAGAAGAGAUAAAUGGAUUACCUAAUGAGCCAUUGUUUCAGGCUCUCUGUAAGGUGUGCUCUAUUGGCUAGGAUGUUUAAAAAUCAUUUACAAGCUUUGAAUACUGUGCUUUGUAGAAAUGUAUGGCUUUUUAAAUGGUUUGCAGUUGAAUGGAGUACACUUAGCUUUGUAAACUCUCCACUUUUCUGUUUCUUUUCUGUUUACUCCUUGUUGCUUAUUGUCUGUUAGGCCAGGGACAUGGUCCCUUCUAAGACAUGUCAUACUUUCUGGUUUCAAGGGCAGUAUUACCAAGGCCUUUAUAUGUACAUUACAUUCAGUGCUUAUGUGAGAAGUAGCAAUGUGUUAUGAACUUCCCUGUUCACAAUUAGUGAAAUUAACUGAUGCGCAUAUAUGUAAAGAUAGAAAUUAAUACAAUUACAUUUUUUGAUCACUCGCGGCCUAUUUAUUUGGUCUGGCCAUUUGAUUUUCCUAAUCACAGUCAUACCGGUUUCUGCACUUUUGCCUUCAUGUAGUUUCACUGACCUCUGUGGGUAGGGAAGACUAAAUAUGAAACAGUCCAGUCAUUCUGCUACUGGUAGCUUUGGUUUGAGGUGAAUACAAUUUUUGACUAAAAUUAGAAUUUUACACUUAAUUGACCAGAUAAUCUAGUUGGCUUAAAAAUAAAAAAGCAGAUAAUCUAGUUGGCUUAAAAAAAAAAGCAUAAAUUUGCAUCUUGAAGAACAAACCAAUAAUUUUCUAUGAGCCCUACUGGAUCUUCAGGUGUGGCUAUCACUUGAAAGUUGAAUGUUAUUAAAUAGUAAACAUUUGGUUUUCAUCCACCCCGUGUCUGAUGCAGAAGAAAAGCAUAGUCCGCUGUGGCAUUAACACCAGAGAUGAGUAUUCUUUUAUGUCUGUGUCUUAGUUCAGGGUAUAUGGUAAUAAGAUCUUGUCAGGGUGUUUUCCUCCAGCCUAUAUCAACCUGACUGAGAAGACGGUUCCUUCAUUGUUUAUUUUUCCCCUUGUUUGUUGAACUCUAUCUCUCACAAUGUCCAGUAUCCACCGGUCCUGUGUAUGUGGAACGCUUCUGUGUAAUGCAGAUGCACACUUGCCCAAAGGAAUGAAGGACAGGUAACGUGUCACUAAUAACCUGUCUUAGUUUCAGUGUAAUUUACAUUAAGGAGACCUUCAAAGUAUUAAAAUCACUUUUUUUCUUCUUUUUCCCAAAACCACAACUAAAAUGAUGGUAGCUGCUAACAUUUAUUAAAAUCGUACUGAUUGGUGUUGCAGCCAGAGGGAAGCUGCUGUGUCUUCUAGCUCAGCCGUCUGACCUAGCCUAUCCGGGGAACAAAGGGGUGCUGUUUUAAGGUCCAUUAGGAUUGACUAUAGCCAGAGUCUCGGAUUCUGUUUGAAUGCAGCCGAGAACCUUCACACAGAGCAUAGGGAGGUGAGGAGGAGGAUGUGCUAGCACUUUGAGGGCUUUGUGAUAUGCUGCUUUUAAAAGAGAAAAGUGUAGCUAAUACUCAGUGCAUCUCCAGAUAUAGUGAGGGGUUGCUCUGAUGACCAAUCAGGUGAUAGUUUUUUGUAUCCCUUCAAGUUUUAUGCAAAAAUUUUGUUAAAUUCUGUAUUGGUGAUGUGCGUCUUUUUAGAAAGAUGAUAUGUUAAAAACAACUAUUUUUAUGCAGAAACUGACAGAGGAAUUUGCUUUGUAUAAUGGCAAGCCAGCUUUAAGAAAGCACUGUAGCAAAUUUACUGAAGUCCAAAACUCUAUAGAUAUGUUAAUAGAUAUAUGUGCAACUAGAUAUGGACAACAAUUGUAUUUUUUUAAAUAAAUAUUUUUAACAAAAUGA